AUGGUGGUGGAAUUCGAAGGAAGCUGGGUCGAGUUUCGUAUCAGACCAAAGAAGAUUGAUCGGAAUUUUCGACCGCCAGCGAAGAGAAGCGACAACGGAGAUACGUCCGUGGGAAGAAGAAAAGUGGAGAUCAAGCCGAUCGAGAAGAAAAGCAGUCGACAAGUCACUUUCUCCAAACGAGGCAAUGGUUUCAUCGAGAAGAAAAGCUCGACAGCUUUCGGUUCUCUCUGUGAAUCCUCCCUCGCUGUUCUCGUCGUCUCCGCCUCAGGAAAGCUCUACGACUCCUCCUCCGGAGACAAGUAA